GCAAUCAGUCCACACUGUCAAAAUUAACCACCAUGGAAGCACCUGCUUGGGUUUUUCUGGCCAUGGCAUUCCUAGCUACAUUGUAUAUUUUCUCAAAAAUUCUCAAUUCUCACCACCAGAAAUCUCCGCCAGGUCCAAAGCCUUGGCCGAUCAUCGGCAACCUCAACCUCAUCGGCCCCCUCCCCCACAAAUCCCUCCACAAACUGUCCCAAAAAUAUGGGCAGUUAAUGCAGCUCAAGUUCGGUUUCUUCCCCGUCGUAGUGGCCUCAUCUGCUGAAAUGGCAAAGCAAUUCUUAAAAACACAUGAUCACAUCUUUGCCUCUCGGCCAGAAAUGGCAGCCGGAAAGUACACCACUUACAACUACUCUAACAUAACCUGGUCCCCUUAUGGACCAUACUGGCGCCAAGGCCGCAAAAUCUUACUCACUGAGCUGUUUAGCUCGAAAAGGCUUGAGUCAUAUGAAUAUAUUCGUGUUGAAGAAAGGCAAGCUUUCAUGUCACAUCUAUAUGCAGUGUGUGGAAAGCCAAUCAUGCUUAAAGAUCACCUCUUACGUUACACUCUUAGCAUCUUGAGCAGAAUUGUACUGGGCAAGUCAUACGUUGGUGAAUUGAAAGAUGAAAAUGAAAUCAUUACGCAUGAAGAAUUUCAGGAAUUGUUGGAUGAGCUGUUCCUACUGAAUGGUGUUUUGAAUAUUGGAGAUUGGAUACCUUGGAUUAAUUUCUUGGACUUGCAGGGGUAUGUGAAACGAAUGAAAGCUUUGUGCAAGAAAUUUGAUAGGUUUUAUGAUCAUGUGUUUGAUGAGCACAGGGCCAAAAGGGCAAGGGAGAAGAAGGAUUUUGUGGCAAAGGAUAUGGUGGAUGUGCUGCUGCUGUUAGCUGAUGACCCUGAUCUUGAGGUUAAGCUCCAUAAUGAUGGCGUCAAGGCUUUUACACAGGACCUAAUGGCCGGUGGCACGGAUACCUCCCUUAAUAGUCUUGAAUGGACAAUGUCGGAACUUGUGAAACAUCCACACAUAAUCAAAAAGGCAACCGAAGAACUCGAUAGAAUAGUUGGGAAAGACAGAUGGGUGGAAGAGAGAGACAUACCCCAACUUCCUUACAUGGAUGCAAUCAUAAAAGAGACAAUGAGGUUACAUCCAGUGGUUGUACUGCUUGCACCACAUUUAGCACUUGAAGACUGCAACGUAGCCGGUUAUAACAUUCGCAAAGGGACUAGAGUCUUCAUUAACACAUGGAGUAUAGGAAGGGACCCCUCACUAUGGGAUGAACCGGAAGAAUUCAGGCCCGAGAGGUUUUUAGGGAAGGGAAUUGAUGUAAAGGGGCAGAGUUUUGAGCUAUUGCCCUUUGGCUCGGGGCGGAGGAUGUGCCCGGGUUACAGUCUUGGACUGAAGAUGAUCCAGUCGAGUUUGGCCAACAUGUUACACGGAUUCAAUUGGAAGUUACCUGGUAAUAUGAAGGAAGAAAAUUUAAGCAUGGAGGAAGUUUUUGGACUCACUACAAUUCGGAAGUUCCCACUUGUUGCAGUCUUGGAGCCAAGACUUUCAGCUCAUCUUUAUCAGCAUCCACACUGAUUUCAUGAAUAAUAGUUCUUUGUUGUUAUGCAUUAAGGAUUUGUUAGAGUACUGCGAUAUUAAAUUGAAGUUGGGUCGUUUGAAAGAGGGCAAAUUGAAGUUUACUUCAGUAUGGUAUUUCUGUAAGACACUCUUUAUCUUUUUUCUAUGCAGAAUAAAUAAAUGGAUGCUUCUUAUAACAUCCUUGGAAGUUCUUGUAACAUACUAAAGAGAUAUAUUUUGGAAGACUUUUAUUCUAAAAUUAUGCAUGUGGGCAAAUUGAGGUUGUGAAUUUUGAGCUAG